AUGCCAUCGGCCGAUGAUUCCACCUCCUCUCGACCCAACGGGACUAGCUCGAGCCGGGAUGAGCUCGCAUACUAUAAGAAACAGUAUGAACAGCUAGAAGCAGAGUUGGCCGACUUUCAGUCCUCUAGCCGUGAAUUGGAGGCGGAGCUGGAGAAGGACAUUGAGGCAUCUGAAAAGCGGGAGCGUCAGUUGAAAGAGAAGGUGGACAACUUGAGAUACGAGGUCGACGAGUGGAAGACCAAGUACAAGCAAUCCAAAUCAGAAGCCAACACCGCUCAGAAUACCCUGCAGAAGGAAAUAACAACACUACGAGAUGCCAAUCGGACUCUACAGUUAAAAUUACGUGACAUCGAAGUAGCGAACGAUGACUAUGAACGCCAGGCCCGUCAUACGACUUCAUCCCUGGAGGAUUUGGAGUCGAAAUACAACAUUGCGAUUGAGAGAAGCGUAUUGCUAGAGGAGGAGAUCAAAAUUGGAGAACAGGAACGAGAGAAUCUACGAAUUGAGAAUCAGCAUCUUCGUACUGAACUAUCAGAGCUGAAGGUCGAAACUGAGAUUGUUCACGAGAAACUCCGGAAUGCGGAAUCACACGGUGGCCGACGCAGGAAGCCAGCUCCUUUGCAUCGCACCCCAUCCACACCACAGACUCCAGAAAUAUUCGACCGUUCUCCAGGACCAUCGACUGUAUCAUCUCCUAUUUUUACUACACCAAUGAAGACAUCACUAAUAGCCGCGGCUGCAACCCCGCCGUCGCCGCCGAUAUCCGAGUCGUCCACCAGUAUGCGCAAGUCCAUCAAUGCGACUCCUGGGUUUCCUCGACAGAAAGCUUCUGGUUCCGAGGCAUAUAGCUCUCGAUCUUUGCAUGGCUUCCCUCGGCAGAAGGCUUCUGGCUCCGAAUCAUACAAUUCUCGAUCUUUGCACGGAUCCAGGACUCAGAAACUCUCCCACGCACACUCUCGCGCAGCGUCCUCGGCACAUAGCAAUGGCCGUUCGACUUCAUCGGCUACUUCCCGCGCGAGCCUAUCCAAGCCCAGCCCCGGUCUCUCCAAGCCUAGCCCCAGUCUCUCCAGGCCCAGCCCGAGUUUUUCCAGAUCCAGUUCGAGUCUAUCCAAAUCUAACAACAAUAACAACAACACCCGGUCAUCCGGGAUGCCCAAGUCGGGAUCCUUGUAUCAAAUUCGCGGUCUGAUUGGCAAAAUGCAGAAACUGGAAGAAAGGGUUCAAUCGGCCAAAUCCAAACUCCCGGCACCCUCUGACUCGCCGUCUCGGGUCUCUUCUCGCUCCGGGUCCAUAGUUAGUGAGAGUCCUGUUGCUUCCACGAUUACUGUUCGCAGGGAACCUCGUAAACGAUUGAGUGGUAGCAGCUUCAGUUCCUCAAUUCACGGUGACGGUGUCUCAUCAUAUGUCUCAACUAGUCGACCGUCGUUUAACAGUCGGCCGAGCAGCCGCACGAGCUACUCUAGUUCGUUCAGCCACAGCACACACCCUAGUAUUGCACCUUCGACUCGGCCUGAAAGUCGUCAGAGCCGGACCAAAACGCCACUGGGACAUUACUCGACAAAUCCAACCACUGAAAGUCGGCGGCCGCGAUCAUCGCUUAGCAAUCCGGCGGGACAAAAUGUACCCAUAAACGGCAUGUCCCACAUUGACGAAGAUGAAGAUCUCUCCCUGCACAUGUCUAUGCGGGCAAAGAUCAGUGAGGCCCGCGAGACUCGUCUUCCUUCGUUCUCCACCCCCAAUGGGCUCAAGAAGCGCACACCAAGCGGAAUCCCCUCCAUCCCUGCACCUCGAAGCCUUCGCACUAGCACGGGACUUGAUCGACGGGAGGGUCGCAUGGGGCCGCCCGAUUCGAAGACUAAGACCACCACCGAUUUGGGCGAAACUUUCUAA